UGCACUGAAUUGCUACAUGUGUCCACGUACAGACGGACAAUCACCUACUGAUGCAAAUAUAGAGUGUCUUGCUCUUGGAUGGGAGAUUUCAUGCUCACCGGACCAGGAUAGAUGUUUUAGCCGAUUCCAUUUCGACUCCACAGAGGUACAGAAAGGUUGUGGAAAGAGUGAAGAAUGUGUAGGCAGUACUUCCUGUUGUGAAGAAAGUUACUGUAACGCCGAUCCGCAAAAUGCAAAAAGCGGCUUGGGAAACCCUUGCAGUAACGAGGAUGAGUGUAUCCAAGGCGGUACAACCAUGGUUUGUGACCGAAGCAGUCCGAUGGACAACAAUAAACAAUGUCUUUGUACGACGGAAAGCUAUCAAAGGGGAGCAACUUGUAAACAAAAGAGUUUGCCUGACGAAACGUGUACAGAAAACCGCCAUUGCUUAAACGUCAAUACCACGUGCAACAAACGACGCUGCACGUGCGACGCAGGAUUAUUUGCAAAUGGAACACUGUGCAGUGAACUAAAAAACUUCGGACAAAUAUGUUCGCUGAACAAAGAAUGUGCCGGAAGAAAUACGAUGUGCGCAUACAAUGUCUGCGCAUGCGCGUUCGGAUUCUUGGUGGUGAACGGAACCAAUUCCUGUUCCGGAACAACAAAGACAGAAUCGUCAAGUUUUCCGAUCGUCAUAACGGCUGCCGUCAUGUCAAUGUUAAUAGUGUAAGGGAGAUAAUGGACAUCCGACAGAUAUCAAACACUACACCUUGGUUACUUCCCUUCCGCAUUUUUAAAAAAAAUAUUUUUUUAUGAAGCCGUCCUUACGUUUGGAAAGUUAGAUUUAUAUUAUUCAUUGUUCUCACAGAAUAUAUAAUUUUUAUAAAUGUAUCAUUCUGCCGGAUUUUGUGACGA